UUUGAUUCUUUUAUACUUAAUUCAAAGUGUUGAAUUCCAUAAUGGGUAGCGACUACUACGAGACUCUGGAAAUAAACAGAAAUGCAACAGAUGCAGAUAUAAAGAAGGCAUAUCGAGGACUGGCAUUGAAGUUUCAUCCGAGCAGAAACAGAGACAAAGGAAGCAGUGAGACGUUCCUUCAGCUGGGUGAAGCCUACGAUGUGCUGAGCGACCCUCGGAAAAAGGCAACCUAUGACAAGUUUGGUGAGGAGGGUCUCAAAGGGGGCAUCCCACCUGAGUUUGGCUGCAGCGGGGCUUGGUCAUCUAAAUAUGCCUACCAUGGGAACCCAGGCAAAACCUUCAGGGAGUUUUUUGGAGGCGACAACCCAUUUGCAGACUUCUUUACAAACGAUGAACCACUUCAGUUUGGCGGCCUGCGAUCUGUAGUGGUGAAGACACAAGACUCUCACAUAGAGAGAGACAUGCAUCUGUCCCUGGAUGACCUCUACCACGGCUGCACAAAAAAGAUAAAGAUAUCUCGCAGGGUUAUGAAUGAAGAUGGAUGCACUUCCAGUAUCAAAGACAAGAUCCUCACUAUUGAUGUGAGGCCUGGAUGGAAAGAAGGCAUGAGGAUAAUUUUUGCUAAAGAAGGAGAUCAGGGACCAAACAGCAUCCCUGCUGAUAUCGUGUUCAUAGUGCGACAGAAGAGCCAUCUUCUGUUUGUGAGACAACACAAUGACCUCAUCUACAAGGCCCAGAUCACCCUGGAGAUGGCCUUAACUGGGUUCUCUGUGGAUGUGGAGACUCUAGACAGCAGGCUAAUUACUAUUCCCAUCAAUGACAUUGUACACCCUUCGUACAACAAAGUGGUGAGUGGAGAGGGAAUGCCUCGGUCCCAGGAUCCUUCUCAGAGAGGGAACCUCAUCAUUACUUUUGAAAUCCAGUUUCCUGAGAAGCUCUCCGCCGAGAGGAAGCACCUGAUCAGACAAGCUCUAACUUUGAAAGACUGAUCCUAUUCUAGUACAUGUGUUGCUAUGCUGUGUCUGAUA